UUUGUCAUCGAGCUAAAAUAUUGGACAAUAAAUUGAAGGAAUAUGUUAUUUUCUGCAUUGUUGAUGAAUGAUAAACACUUAAACCAUGGUUCCUCAAUAAUAAAACAAAUUCAAGCAUCGAAACGUGUUUUAUGGAACCAAUUUUGUUGAUUGUAAAUCAACAUUAACAUGACGUUUUAGACCUUUGCUUGAAAAGCUCGACAGCGUAGCAGAUACCUGAGUCAAUAGGCGAAUAAUGCACCAAACAUACCUUAUUGAGUGAACCAGUUGAACAACGCAAAUAAGCACUACUAGUGCUCUAUUUGGAGGGGAUAAGUAUUGCACAUCCAGCGAAAUUUAUUUCAAGUAGCCAGUAUUUUAAAUCAUGAUUAUACUGUAUAAUGUGGAGUAUAUUUAUUAUUACAAACUAGUUUCAGAAUUAAUUCGCCUAUUGGAGUAGAUAUGCACAUAAUUUGCAAAACAAAUCCAUCGAUCACCAUAGAGUGGAAUGCCAACAUAUAAUUCUAGAGAAGAAGUUCUAAGUAACAUUGAAUGAUACUAAUGCUCUUUAUACCGCCACAAUAUUUAUUUUAAAAAUGUACUUUUUCACUGAAUUUAUCCCCCCCCCCCCGGCCACUCAAGGACUGGAUAUACAGAGAUUUAAGCAUUGGUACUAUCAGCGAUCGUUCAAUAUUAUCGGAUUCACAUUGGGAGUUCAUGGAUCAGAUAAACAUGUCUUUGAAGCAACGGAAGCGAUCCAAAAGUGAUGUAUGUGCACAAGAAUCCCUUCGGAAUCGUCUCCUGGGGCGACCUAUGUUAACCGAUAGUGUUGAGUGGCCGUACAAAUGCGAGCUAUGUGGCAAAGGAUUCGUUCGGAAGUUUCUGCUGGAGCAACACAUGUUUACUCACGCUGGCGAGCGGCCUUACAAAUGUGAUAUUUGUGGAAAAUCAUUUAGUGCGGAGAGUAGUUUGAACAGACACAGUAAAAUUCACAGUGAUGAACGACCGCAUAAAUGCGAGGUAUGUGACAAACGAUUUCUUCAAAAGUGUCUGCUUGAACAACAUAUGUUAACUCACACUGGCGAGGUGCCGUACAAAUGCGAGGUAUGUGGUAAAGGAUUCGUUCGGAAGUUUCUGCUUGAGCGACAUAUGAUAACUCACACUGGCGAGCGGUCGUACAAAUGCGAAAUAUGUGGUAAAGGAUUCGUUCAGAAGUUUUGGCUUGAGCGACAUAUGUUAACUCACACUGGUGAGCGGCCUUACAAAUGUGAUAUUUGUGGAAAAUCAUUUUAUGCGGAGGGUAUUUUGAAUAGGCACAGAAAAAUUCACAGUGAUGAACGACCGCAUAAAUGCGAGGUAUGUGACAAAGGAUUUCUUCUAAAGUAUAUGCUUGAGUCACAUGUGGCAACUCACACUGGCGAGCGGCCGUACAAAUGCGAGAUAUGUGGUAAAGGAUUCUUUCGGAAGCUUCAGCUUGAGCAACAUAUGUUUACUCACACUGGCGAGCGGCCGUACAAAUGUGAUAUUUGUGGAAAAUCAUUUAAUGCGGAGAGUAGUUUGAACAGACACAGAAAAAUUCACAGUGAUGAACGACCGCAUAAAUGCGAGGUAUGUGACAAAGGAUUUCUUUUUAAGUAUCUGCUUGAGCAGCAUAUGUUAACUCACACUGGCGAGCGGCCGUACAAAUGUGAUAUGUGUGGAAAAUCAUUUUAUGAGUUGGAUAUUUUGAACAGGCACAGAAAAAUUCACAGUGAUGAACGACCGCAUAAAUGCGAGGUAUGUGACAAAGGAUUUCUUCAAAAGUAUCUGCUUGAGUCUCAUGUGGCAACUCACACUGGCGAGCGGCCGUAUAAAUGUGAUAUAUGUGACAAAUUAUUUGCCCAUCAGAGUUCCUUAACUUUGCACAGAAAGAUACACAAUAAUGAACGGCCGCAUAAAUGCGACAUAUGCGGCAAAGGAUUCUUUCAGAAGUGCUUGCUUGAGCAACAUGUGGUAGCUCACACUGGUGAGCGGCCGUACAAAUGUCAUAUAUGUGACAAAUCAUUUGCCCGUCAGGGUAUCUUAACUGUGCACAGCAAGGGGCACAGUAAAGAAACGACCGCAUAAAUGCGAGAUAUGUGGCAAAGAAUUCCUUCACAAGCAUCACCUCACGCAGAAAAAAUUAGCAUAUUUAAACCAAAAAUAUGAUAUUGAAUCCAAUCAUUUAUUGUUUAUCACUUUAACAAACAAACUUAUUGGUUUGAAAAUAUUUUUUUAUUAGAACAACAACAAAUUUUUGCUUUCAAUAAAUACAUUUUUAGUAUCAAUAAUUUUCUUUUAAUUUCAAUAAAAUAAUUAUCGAAAAACGGAACGAUAAUUUUGUUUUAUUGAAACAAUAAAUAAAUUGUAUUGAAUUCAAUAAAUAAUUUUAUUGUCUCCCGACCAAUAAUUUAAUUUAUUGAAUUUAAUGCAUAAUUUUAUUGAACCUACAAAUCUUUUUUCUGCAUGCUGAAGCAACAUGUGUUAACUCACACUGGCGAGCGGCCGUACAAAUGUGAUAUAUGAUCGGUGUUAAGUCAGACCGGACUAAGUGACAAAAUAUUGAUUUCGAGAAAAACGAGUUUAAAGUUUGAAUCGCAGCAUCCUUUACAUUAUGAUUGGAAAUUAAUUUUUGCCAUAAUUCUUGUUUAUUGUUACAUAUUUCAAAUCUGGCAAGAGUCGAAUGUAGAUGACGAAAUUCUUUAUCCAAUGCUAUAGUAUUCUUAUUUUUUGAUGUUUUGCGACUUAGUCCGGUCUGACUUAACACCGACCAUAUGUGACGAAUCAUUUACCCAGCAGAGUACCUUAAUUUUGCACAGAAAGAUGCACAAUAAUGAACGACCGCAUAAAUGCGAGAUAUGUGGCGAAGGAUUGAUUCAGAGGAAUCAGCAGAAGCGACACACUCACAACUGGCGAGCAGCCGAGAUGGAAAAGUAUAUCAAAAACAAGGAAAAUUAUUAGUAUUUUUACUUGGUUUAUAUAAAAAUCCAGCUAACAAGUUUUCUAUUGCGAUUAGAGCUAUGUUCACCUGUUAAAACAUGUUAAGAUGCGUGUAAGGAACAACCCUUGAUGAUAUGUGAGCAUGUACGGUCUAUGAAAUCAGAAUGUAAAUGAUCUUCCUGUGAAAACAUAGCAAAAACACGAUUUUUGAUUGGAGACACCUCUAAAUCAUGUCCAAAUUAAGGCAUUUUUGGAGAAAGUUUUUAAAUUCACACUUAGAACAAAAAUCUGAGCUGACCCAUUUAUAUUUCAAAACUUUUUCAAAAUUUGUAGAGGUCUAAUAACUAUUUAUCUAUUUAAGUAGAUUCUUUUUAGAUACUUUUUAUAUCAUUGGACUUACGAAUUAAAAAUAUCGUGGACUGAUUUUCCUAUAUCCCUGAAACUAUAGUAAAAGUCAAAAUGUAAAGUGAGUGCAAAAAACUACUGAUUUCACUACAAAGCAAAAAUAACUUGCAACGAGCUCUAUCGACUUUCAGCAAUCUUGCAAAACCUUUGGAACUUGACAAGAUUACCUAGAUUAAGUAUUAUAUUUGAACAUUUGAGGGUUUUAUUUCGGAAUUCAUGGGUUUUUGGACAAUGUAAAAUAUAGUUAAAAAUAGUUUUCAAAUUUCCGGAACACAAUCAUUCCAUAGAUUAACUAUGGAAUGAUUGUGUUCCGGAAAUUUGCUUUACACGUGUAUAACGAUUUUUUUAAAACUUUUUUUUCCAUUUUAUUGUAUUCGAAUUCCGAAAAAGCUGAUAGUGUGUUUUUGAAUCUGGCUUAGAAAUCAUGGUAGGAGUUAACCCAUUCAUGCCCAUGUUGUUUGUGGACAACAACGUUUUUAUACAGUUAUAACUUUCGAUUGAGGCAACAUUUCCUCACAAAAACAAGUAAGACUUACAAAUGUGGCUAUUACCUUUUAUUUGAGUACUAACAGUUACAAGGAUCAGCUCUAGAUCUGAAGUUAUUGCAAUUAGUCUGAUUGGAUUCCAAUGGAGCAGUGCUGCCAGAGACAGUUUACGUUGACGAUGAAAAAUGAAUUUUUCAUAUAUCUUCGUUAUGUUGCAAUAUUAUUGAAAACCGAUAAAACUUAUCGAUUUAGAGUGUCUUUGGCUACGUUUUCCACGCAAGUGGACUAUUGUAAAUAUUCUAAGAGAAUUGUAUUGAGCAUUGGAAUGUAAAAAUUGAGCAGCUUACAGCACUGCGAAGGAAACAACUAUCUUUAUGAAAAAUGACUUUUCGUGUUUCUUGACCUCACCGAUUUCAAGGAAAAAUAGUUUUGGAAUCCUACAUGCACUAGAAAAAAAUUGGGCAUGAAAGGGUUAACACUAUCUGGAAGUGAUUUACUGCUUUGUAAUAUUUUAAAAAUAAGUUUAAUGUUCUGAUGACCUCAAAAUGAAAACUAUAUUAUUAUCAAACGGUAUUCAUUUUCUACGAAAGAAAGAUGUGUUAAAUUUUAUCUAAAGAAACGAAAUGCCU